GGGAUAAAAUGUCCGCAUAGUAUAAGUCUGGCAUUUGAUAUUUUCGACUGGUAGUGAAAAGGUUGUGUGGCUUAACUGUGAUACUGCAAAGCGUUUGAUAACUUGUGGAAAUAUUGAUUUCUCUGCUAGACUAUAAGAGUGCUGGGAAGUUUUAUCAUUAAUUAAUAGUCAAAAUGUAUUCUAACACUUUGGGAAGUUUAGAAGAGGACAAGAAACUUGAAGAGAUGCAGCGUGCCUGGCAAUCGAGGAAGAGUUUGAGUUCAUCAAUUUUUAAUGAGAUUCCAGGAAGCGAGGACGUUCUCGGAUUGAAUCAGAAAAAACAGAGCCCCAAACCAUUGAAGACACAUGAUGAUUUGGAUAUCAAAAAGAGCAACAAACGAGAAUUAAUAUGUAAAUUUGAACAAUUCAAAAAAAUUGUAACGCCUACUGAAAAAAGACAACAGACUUCUCUUGCUCUAGAUGCUUCAGAAUUGGGCGAUUUUCCAGCACGCUAUGUCAUUUGUUCCCUAAAAGAAUAUCAAUUCCCAGUCGUGGGAAUAUACUGUGAUCCCAGAGUUAUCACUGGAUUCAAAUACCGCGUGAGACCACUACCAAAGGUCGGUGAAGAUUCCACCAAGAAUAAAUGUAUAUUCAACAAUAGGGCUCUUACCCUGACAAGCAUUGGCCGAGGCUAUGCAAGGAGAUUCACCUUCGAGGCUGACAAAAAUAAAUUAAACGACAAUGACAAUUAUUUCUGGAGCGACAACAGACCAGAAGGUUUCGCAUUCGAAAUAGAAGUGGUUUCUGAAGGAGACAAAUUCACCAUUUUCGACUUGAACCAUGAAGCCCAAGGAACACUGGAGAUCUUGAACACAGAGGGUUAUCAAAUCGAGUUAAGCAACAAUGUUACAGGUAAAGGUAUCGAAAAGAAGAUUCAAGUAAAAUUUAUUGGUAAAGUGGAGUUUUAUGAAACUGGGGUAGCUAAACCCAUCCCUGUGUCUGGUACUGCGAUAUGUGUCAAAGGAAAGGGAAAUAAUAAAGCUGGAAUUGUAAAGAUAAUUGAUGUCUUAAUUAAGAAACGCAAGUAUGUUCUGAGACCUGGAGUAGACACAACAAAGAGAAGAGUUACUGUUAGAGGCUCUGAUAUUAAAGAUGUUCCAACAAAAUACACAAUGACUGGCUUGAAAAGCUACGAGAUUCCUGUUGUAGGUACAUAUGUAGACCCCAGAAUAAUGCCUGGAUUCUAUUACCGAGUUAGGCCUAAUGACAGAAAAAGUCAUUUGUUUAACGGAAAAACUUUAAGACUCUUAAAUAUUGGAAUGGGCUACGCCAAGAGACUUACUUUCGAAUCUGAAUCUAAGAUUGAAAAUAACAACUAUUUAUGGUCAGACAAUCACCCAGAUGGCUUGGGUUUAGAACCAAGAGCACUUCAUGAAGGAAUGAAAUUCAAAGUAACUGCAGGCGGUCAGGUUCUAGGUGAAGCCUCAGUUUUUAGGACUGAUAACCCACAAAUUGAAGAAAAAAUGGAAAAAAUACCAACAAAAGAUGGCAAAUUUGCAAUCCAGAAAUACAUCCAUGUUGAUGUUAUCUGUCAUGUAUGGUUAACCACUCCAGGCCGAUGUUCAACAGAGAGCGAACAAUAUCUUAUGAGAGUUUGUGGACUUGCUGUUGUAAGAAAAGAACCCAAUAGUAUCAACUCAAGAGUACUCAGGGUGGAGAAAAUCGGUUUGGAUUCAGAACUGGAAAUUUUAUUCAGGCAAUCCAAUUACGAAUUGGUAUUCAUACCCUGAAUUAUCAAAAGUUACCAGCAGCCAGUGGUUUUGUUAUAUAUUUAUCCUAGAUUAGGAAUAUGUACUGAUGACAAAUUCGGGUCACUUCUUCUACUUAUGUUAUUUAUUGUAAAUGAUAUUACCAUUUUAGUUAUUAAAUAUAAUUAUUUCUUUAGUA